AUUUUCACAGUUGACGUCGAGAGAUGCUCCUGUGAGUUUAGUUGUGCUCGAUAAUUCCGUGGUGUAGAGUCGCAAAUAGUGGAAAAUUGUUCUCAUUUCUCCCAAUUUGUUCGCAUGGUGCAACAUUGCAUUGUGCUGUCUAUUGUUUUUGCGUCAAUAGAUUCUAUAGUGUGUGUGUGUGGUUUGUACAUAGUGAGUGGUGAAAAAAGUUUGGCUAUUUAAUGACUAAUAAAAUCGUGUGGAUUUUAUUGAUUUACACUUGCGAUCCUUGUAAGAAAAGUUGAUAAAUAAAACUAGAAAUUUCUUAUGAAAACACCCUGUAAAUAGCAUCUGGGCAAUAAUAUCGAGUAUGAAUUCGUGCAUAAAUAUCGCGUGACUGUAAUAAAAAUUUUGUGGCACUUGGAAGUCAUUAUUUCUUUUUACUCAAUGAAAAGUUGCAAGUGGCUGUGAUUUCUUCCUUCAUAGAUUGCAUAGAUUCGCGAGGAAAACUGUGAAUAUUAUUGUGUACAAGAAGAAUGUCUCCAACGCACGUCAGUGCUUUUCAUACAUCAUCAAUAGACAAUGAAGUCUCAAUCCGGUAUCAAGCUUUGGGAAAAAAUCCCAGUUGGUGGAGGCGCCGAACUGCGUUGGAGAGGGCACUGACUUUGAUCAGUGUUGUUGCCGGGAUCGCGAUAUUGGCAUUAAUAAUCGCCCUCGUGUCUUUGGCUCUAGCAGACAGCAGACGUGAAAAUGCCAUAGAAAAAACCACCGCAGAAGCACUAGAGGGUAAUCCAGGAAUGCUCGAGGAUGAACACAAGCAGUCUCCCAACCAUGUCAGCCACAAGAAUCAAGAAGAUGUUUGCUUAACACCCGGUUGCAUUCACACGGCUUCGCGUGUUCUGGACGCCAUGGACCCGGAAAUUGAACCAUGCGAUGACUUCUACACGUUCGCCUGCGGAACUUUCCUGAAGGAAACCAAUAUUCCGGAUGAGAAGGUGUCAGUGAACACUUUCUCGACCAUCGGCGAUCGUCUUCAGGAGCAGUUGAGGACGCUUGUGAGCGAAGAAUCAGCGUCAAAUGAGGCCAAGCCGUUCCGGUUGGCGAAAGAUUUCUUCAAAGCCUGCAUGAACAAAACUCUGAUCGAAGAAAGAGGCCUGAAGCCACUUGAAGGUAUUAUGGAUGCCCUGGGCGGAUGGCCAGCGGUUCGUGGCGAUACCUGGGAUGAGAAAUCCUGGUCAUGGGUGGAAGCUGUAAAGAAGUUCCGCAAGUACGGAUACAGUGUGGACUACAUUCUGGACUUUAGUGUGGGAAUCGAUCUGAAGAAAUCGACCCAGAGGACAAUUGAUUUGGAUCAAUCUGCUCUGGGAUUAAGUCGCGAAUACCUGAUUAAGGGACUGGAUGAUAAGAUUGUUCAGGCCUAUUACAGCUACAUGGUGGAUCUGGCGGUGAUUUAUGGCGCGGAAAGAUCACGAGCGGAGAAGGAAUUGAACGAGUCACUGGCGUUUGAAAUUAAAUUAGCUAAUAUAUCAUUGCCGAAUGAGAAGAGACGCAAUGCAACAACACUCUACAAUCCAAUGACUAUUGCGGAAGUUCAGAAGGCGUACAACUAUAUUGAUUGGCUGGAUUACAUCAAUGCCAUCCUUCCGGAAAGUCUGAAGGUCGCGGAGAAGGAGACGAUUAUCAUCAGCGUCCCCAGUUUCUUCAAGGACUUGGAAGCGGUUCUCAAAGAGACGCCAAAGAGGACUAUCGCCAAUUACAUGAUGUGGCGAGUUUCGGCCUUCUCGUCCUUCUUCCUCACAGAAGAACUGCGCAAGAGGCAACUCGUGUACAGCACGGCCAUCAGCGGCAAACAGGAGCAGGAGCCGAGGUGGAAGGAGUGCGUGGACAUGACGAGUGGCAGGGAAGAUGAUGACGAUGAUAUUGAGACUGGCCUCCCGAUUUCCGUGGGUGCUUUGUAUGUUCGCAAGCACUUCCGAGAGGACGCCAAGAAAACCGCCUUGGAGAUGGUCAACGGCAUUCGCUCGGAGUUCCAGAAAAUCCUCACCACGGUGCCAUGGAUGGACGACAAGACAAGGAAGGCGGCAUUGGCAAAGGCCAAGGCUAUGACCACCCACAUUGGGUACCCUGAUGAGAUUAUGGACAACAGCAAAUUGGAAGAGUACUACAAGGAUCUGAAAAUUGAUCCGGCGAAGUACUUGGAAUCCGUGCUGGCCAUGAAUGUCUUCGGAACGGACUAUGCCUUCAACAAGCUGAGGCAGCCCGUGAACAAGACCGACUGGGUGACUCAUGCUCGUCCUGCCAUCGUCAAUGCUUUCUACUCAUCCAUCGAGAAUAGUAUUCAAUUCCCAGCAGGAAUCCUCCAGGGUCAAUUCUUCUCGGCCGAUCGUCCUCGCUACAUGAAUUAUGGUGCUAUUGGAUUCGUGAUUGGCCACGAAAUCACUCACGGCUUCGACGAUCAGGGACGUCAGUUUGACCUGGACGGCAAUCUCGUGGACUGGUGGGAGCCCGACACCAAGAAGGCGUACUUGGAGAAGGCGUCCUGCAUCAUUGACCAGUACGGCAACUACACCGAGCCUUCCACAACACUGCAGCUCAAUGGAAUCAACACACAAGGGGAGAACAUUGCGGACAAUGGAGGCAUCAAGGAGUCAUAUCUGGCCUAUCAGAAGUGGGUCGAGAAGAACGGACCGGAACUCAAGCUUCCCGGACUCGAUUACACACCACAGCAGAUGUUCUGGAUCUCUGCAGCUCAGACUUGGUGUUCCGUGUAUCGCCCAGAGUCGAUGAAGAUGAGAAUCACCACGGGCGUCCACUCUCCCGCCCAAUUCCGCGUCCUCGGACCACUGAGCAAUAUGCGAGACUUCGCGAAAGACUUCAGUUGCCCAGACGGAUCUCCAAUGAAUCCCACCCACAAGUGUGAAGUGUGGUGAAUAAAUUCCUAAUUAAUACAAGAUGAUAUAUAAA